CUACACAUAAUACCCCUUCUUACUAGGCCAAUUUGCUAAACGCGAUUGCCUACUUGCGACACAUUUGCGCUUCGCGUGAAUCAACCUACCCCUCAUCCCCCGUCAUAGCUCCCUGCUCGACAAAUUCCCACCAACAAAAUGUCUGCCACCACACAAACUCCUGAGGUUCUCUGGGCUCAGCGCUCCAGCUCCUCAGACGCCUCCAAGAACUUCGUCUACCUGACGAUUACCGUUCCCGAUGUUCCCAAGUCCAGCCUCAAGGUCGACCUGAAGCCUACCGGCCUGUCCUUCAGCGGUACCUCCGACUCUCUGAAGCGCUCGUAUGCCGUUGAUCUCGAGCUGUACGCUGAGAUCGACCCCGCUGAGAGCAAGGUCAACCACACCGGCAAGAAUGUCGAAUUCAAGCUUCAAAAGAAGGAACUCAAGGAGGAGUACUGGCCCCGCCUGCUCAAGGAGGCCAAGAAGGUCCACUUCCUGAAGACCGACUUCGACAAGUGGGUCGACGAGGACGAGCAGGAUGAGGCUGCUGAGGAGGACUUCUCUCAGUUCGGCGGUAUGGGUGGCAUGCCUGGCAUGGGUGGCCCCGGCGGCGGCGACUUCGGCGGCAUCGACUUCUCCAAGCUUGGCGGCGGCGGCGCACCGGGUAUGGAAGGUCUGGGAGAUAUGGAGGAUGAGGAAGAUGACGAGGAUGACGAUGACAUGCCUGCCUUGGAGGGCGAGGAGGACGACGGCAAGGCCGCCCCUGCCGCUGACAAGGCUGCUGCGAAAUGAGCAAUUUCUUCCUUUAUCACGCACCCCGAGACGACUUUCCCGGCACUUAGGCCAACAUACUUGGCUGCAACGCCCGUGGAUACCGCUCUAGACUAACGACUCUGAAUGUACUCUUUCGAAUCAAAAGACAAAAAGAAAAGACGAUCCGUGAUCUUUGGGACUGGUUUCUAUUUAUCUCCAAUGAGAACUCAAGGUGUAGUGGGCAUUUAGCGAAUGGAUCUCAUGGUUCUUUAAGUUUUCUUCCGAGCCUCACUACGGGAGUAAUUCCUCCGCAAAGGCGAUUCGUGAUCUCUGUCCAUACCCCUCCGGUUUACAAAGAGUUACGCAUAGUUAGGAGACGGCGAAUCGAUCUGAGGCUAGCCUUGUUCCUUUAUCUACAGACACAUAUUCUUCUACACGCUCUGGC